CCCUGAAGGAUAUCCUAUAGAAGUCCAACUCCUUCCACUCGGCACGUCCAUUGGACGUCCAUAAGAUAUACAUCGGAUAUCACUGGAUAUUCUCUGGAUAUCCCAAAUAUCCUAAAUGGACGUCCAAUGGAUGUCCAUCGAAUGUCCGUGUGUUGACUGGGUGGUGCUUCUCCUGAUGCGAUGGUCUCCUGUGACUGCUGUGGUAGCGGUUGUGUUGAAGUGAAGUGCCCAUACUUAUUGAAAGACAUGGAAAUAGGUCAAUAUCUUGACAUUAAAACUUCGCCUUUGACAUGUGAUGGUAUUGUAACUUCUUUAGAUAGGGGACAUGCAUAUUAUUACCAAACUCAAUUACAGAUUAAAGUCACAGAUACGAAAUACUGUGACUUUGUUAUUUGGUCACCUAGAGGAUUCUUCCAUGAGAGAAUUUUCAGGGAUGAAGAUUUUUGGGCAAUAAAUUUUCCCAAAGCAUAUGAAUUCUACAAAAAGGUUAUACUUCCUGAGCUCCUUGGAAAAUAUUUCACCAAAGGAAGACACCUGGACCAAAUAUGGUGUUUUUGUAAAAAAUCUGAAGGUGGUCGCAUCAUGAUCCAGUGUGAAAAUGAUAGCUGUGAUAUUCAGUGGUUUCACUUAGAAUGUGUAGGACUACCUGAUAUUCCAAACACUUUAUGGAUGUGUCAACAAUGCAGUUUGUAAAUAUUUAUUUUUCUUAU